AUGAAAAGACAGUCACCGGAGAGUUCAGCAACGAUAAAAAAGCAAAUCCAUAAGAGAUUGUAAAAUCGAUAGUCAAUUCGGGAACUGUACCAAUAAAUGGCAUGGAAAACCUUAGUCAAAGUUGGAUCAUAAACUAAAGGGCUAUAUGAAGAAUAUGAGACAAUUAAGGUUCGGGGCUAAGUACUGAGGGUUGGGGAUUCAGUUUUAAUUAAUAGUGGAGAUCAGCAUGAUGAAGACUAUGUUGGAACAUUAAAAUAAAUAAUAUCGAUAAAAGAGCCAACAACUGCUAAAUUGAUAUGUUUGUGUAGAAUUUAAUGGUAUAUGAGAAAAAGUGAGAUCAUCAAAUCUAAGCCGAAAUGUUCGGAAUGGAUUUCUGAGCAAGAAUUAUUUAUCACCAACCAUUAAGAGUAUAUUUUAGCGUAGAGUAUAAUAUCCAGCUGCAAAAUAUUGGGCUGCAAUGAAUAUUAGGAGUUGGACGAAAUAGAAUCCACUAUUUAUUUUAAUAGAUUGGAAUGGGAUGUUUAGAAAAAAUAAUUUGGUAAUAUGGAUUCAGUCUAGUAAUUUUGCUUUUGCUUUCAACCGGUGAAUCCCGAUAGACAAUAUAUACAAUGUGAUUCAUGUAAGAAUUGGUAUCAUUUCGAAUGCGUGGGUAUAAAAAAUGGCAAAUACAAUCAAAAAGAAUUCCAUUGCAGCAAAUGUUAAUGA